ACUAAUUAGCAUCUCAAUUUUGUUGUUGUGGGAGCUCUCUUCUGUUUCGUUGGUUUCUAGGCCGGGGGGGUGUCGACAUAUUGCCAUUCAGGUGAGGCCCACCUUUUCAGUGACAGACGCCCCCCCACAUAUACAUAUACUGACCCCGAAGAACAAGUCCCUUUAUUUUUUGGAGUAACGUAAUCGGCGCAUCACGGUUAACUUCGUGUCUGGAUAAUGGCUGACUGGCGUAUGCCUGGACCCUACUACGCGUAUGCGUACAGCCUUCUGUACCCCGAUCAGAACUACUGGGCCAAUGCUGACGGGGAGCCGAUGGUGCCGCAGAUGGUGCAGCCGAUGCUAAACAUGGCGAGUUACUCGGAGCCGCCGCCAGUAUAUCCUCCUGUCCAGGUAGACAGCAGAAGCGACAAGGACUCCGCUAGUCCAGACUCCUGUUCUGCCGGCGACUCCGAUAUCUUGUCCGAGGGUCAGGAGUUACCCGGAAGCGCCAGACUUCAGGCGAUGGGGAGCCCAGUUACAGGUGAACCCGUGUCCAGUACACUGGGGGACAACGACGGGAACCGGGAGAUUGCCACGCCAGAUCGAAACAACUUUGAUGCUACUGCGAACGUAAAGGCGAAGAAACGCAAAUUGCGCACCGCUUUCUCGCAAGAGCAAAUGGAAGCUCUUCGGCAACGUUUUCAAGUGCAGAAGUAUCUAACGCCAGUAGAAAUGAAGACUCUGGCGACGAUGAUCGGGCUCACCUAUAAACAGAUAAAGACUUGGUUCCAGAACCGAAGAAUGAAGAUGAAGCGCUACCAAAAGGAGAACUCUGGCCCAGAAGCUUGCUUUCCAGUUAUGCCAACCACUGCACCAGCAAAAUGGCAAGGGUUGCACUCACAAGGAUACUAUCUACGUAGACAUCAAGGUGAAGAUGCAGAAUAUCCAAAGCAGAACAGUUCAACUGCGCCACUACCUGCUUUGUAUCCACCACCUCAACACACCUAUCCGCACCACCCACCUCUGCCUGAUCCUGAAUACUGUGACAAAGUCUUGAGUAAAGAAUUAAGCAUCAAAAGUGAGGAAGACUGGCAACGACACCCUUCAGGCAUGGCAGUUCCAAUGCGUUUUGAUUAUUGUGGAAGCCUUUCCACUAUAGCUCAAGGACAGCCUCAGCCACUACCGUCAUAUGAGGAACAAAUCUCUGCAGCAGGACCCCAAAUGGUGCAGAUGGGUAGUCCGUAUGCGGGCUGCCACUAUGCACUUGAACAGUAUAUGUGCAGAAAGAACAGUGUUUCUUAAAAUCCAAAAAGCAGAUUUAGAGCUUCUAAUUGGCAGAUGAGCUAUUAUGAAAUGAGAUGGCCCACAAGACUACUGUUCUUUUUUGUUAUGACUUACCAGUACUAAUUGACUAUGUAUAUAUUUUUAUACUGUGUAUUUUACCAUCGAGUCUUUACUUGGACUUUUUUGGGCUCCCUCCCUCAAAAUAUUUUAAAGGAGCCCUGUAGAGUGACAAUCACAUUCAAAAAUUCUUUUGUUUAUGAUGAGCUAUUUGUAUGUAAAAAGAGGUUUUAUGCACUUUAAAAAUGUGUACAUAUUUAGUGCAUGUCUUUUAUCAUGUUCUUAAUAAAAUUACUUUAAAAAAAAAAAAAAUUAUGAUUGGGAGUUGGGGUGGUAAUGAGUGCCUGAAGUACUGAAAGAGACAAAUGAAAAGACACAUUAAAUAUUCAGUGAUGGACGACUGGGUCGAUUUAAUUAUGGGAUGGGAAAUCAUAAUAGGCA